UGCUUAUUUUCCAUUUGCUUUGGAAACCCUUUAUCAAAGUUGAUGGAGUUUCAGAAAGCAAAGCUCGCUAUUUGAAUCGUGCUUCCUCUGAGGUUUUCUUUAAGAAGUCGUUAUUUGAAUUGUUUUGUGGCCUUUCAAAUCCAGCAAACGUUCAGAAUGGCUGAGAGUACAAUUGAUGAAUCAUUGUUGGCUCGUAUCCAACAACUGGAACACGAGCGUGACGAAUUACGCAAAGAUAUUGAACAGUUAUGCAUGCAGCAAGCUGGGCCUGGCUAUCUUGCUGUGGCUACCCGAAUGCAUUUUCAGAGGACAGCUGGAUUGGAGCAGGAGAUCGAGAGCUUGAAAAGGAAGUUGGCUGCUUGCACAAGAGACAAUCUAAAUCUACAAGAGGAGCUUUCAGAGGCUUACAGAAUUAAAAGUCAACUGGCAGAUCUGCACAGUGCUGAGGUUUCAAAGAAUUUGGAGGCUGAGAAGCAGGUUAAAUUUUUCCAGGGUUGUGUGGCUGCUGCUUUUGCUGAAAGAGAUCAUGCAAUAAUCGAGGCUGAAAAGGCCAAGGAAAAGGAGGAGACAAUGUCGCAACAAAUAAAUGGCAUCCAUAAAAGGGUAGAGGAGCUCACCUCAGAUUGUCUUAAACUAAAGGGAUUCAAUGAUGCUCUGCAGAAUGAUCUAGCAAUGCAUAUAGAACAGAAUGAAAAUUUCAAGAAGGUAAUUAAUAAGUUCUUUCAGAUCAGACAAUAUUCUCUGAAAGAAUUUGAAGAUACAAGUUGGGAUGAUAAAUGUACAUGUCUUUUGCAUGACCCUGGGGAGGUGUGGAGUUUUAAUGAUGCUUCCACCUCUAAAUAUAUUAGUGCAUUAGAAGAACAGCUGGAGAGAGUGAGGAACUCUGUGGAUUAUCUUCAAAAUAAACUAAGGGUGGGCUUGGAAAUUGAAAAUCAUUUGAAGAAGAGAGUCAAUGUACUGGAAAAGAAUCACAUUUCUAAGGACAAAGUGAUUGAGAAUGGCAUAGCAGACUUAAAGCAUUGUCAUUCUCAGUAUAGGGAUCAUAUUAUGAAUUUACUUAAUGAUGGGGAAUCCAGUAUUAUAUCCAUGAUCAAUGUGAUUGAUGAAAGACUCGGGAGGUUUUAUCAGAGUACUGCACCAAAUUUGACCACUCAAAGAGAUGCAGAACUAGAAGAGCAUGAAUGUCGGGAUGUGCAUAUAAGCACUCAAGCUAAACCUGACUCAGAGUCAAAGAAGAAUAGUCCUAGCUCGCUGGCGGUAGAAGCUGGUGGAGGUGAUACAUCUGAUGCUUUUGCAAUGGCGUUGCAAGAAAAGGUUUCUGCAUUAUUGCUCUUAUCACAGCAGGAAGAAAGACAUCUAUUGGAGAGAAAUGUGAAUUCAGCCCUUCAAAGAAAAACUGAAGAACUUCAGAGGAACUUGUUACAGGUUACUAAUGAAAAGGUGAAAGUUCUCAUAGAAUUGGCACAAUUAAAGCAGGAGCAUCAAUUACUUCUACAAAAAUUGGGUCAUGAGACUGAUCAAGGAAAUGCUGUGUUCAACACUGGAGAACGAAAGCUCGUUACUCGUGAAAGAGAUGGAACUUUAAAAAACUUACUGAAGAAAACAUACUGGAGACGAUGGAUUGGCCCACUGGAUGUUAGUCGAAAUGAAGUUUGCAGUAAUCCAAAUAAUGAAGGGAAAUUCGUCAAUCAGAGAUCCGGCAGUAUGGAUUUUGCAAGAAUGAAGAUUGAAAAUGCAACUCUUAAGGAAAGCAUGGAAAGCCUGGAACAUUUAACUUCGUCAAUUCAUAGGCUUCGGCUCUCUCUUUUUAAGGCCAAGGAGUCUGUGCCUUCUGAAGGUUCAGUUUCUGGUGUUUCAGAAGUCCUUAAUGAGGUUAUCAAUGAGGCAAAACUUGUAAGGACUGCUCUUGGCAGCUCCUUACCCAUCAGUUGGUCAGUUGAGGCAGAUGUUGGUUACAUUGGAAGUAGUGUGGACAGUGGCACAGAGCAUCAGGAAUGCAAUGAUGAGAAGAUAGAUACUGUUUCUGCUGCAGGGCUUGAGAUGGUGGAGCUUUUGAUUUUUGCAGCUCAGAUGUUAAGGGACAUGCAAACCAAGAUGGUUCCUGAUAUAGAAGUUGUAUGAAAUGUUCCUUGUGUGAUAUUAAUAUGGUUGCUGAUGUGGUGUUCCCUAUAAUUGCAUGUUUGGUGCUUUGUAUUUACAGCUGCUCUCAUUUGAGGGUCCGCGGCAUCAGGCUGGGUGAUGAUGUGAAAUUCAAAGGGUGAGGCAGAGAGAGCUUAAUAGAAUUCGUUUAAGGUGGGGGAAGAAAUGAAAAUAUGUGCCAUACGACCAUGUUAACAUAGGCGCAUGUUUGUAAGCUUAUAACCCUCGUAGCAUAAAUUGAAUAGCUUGUGCCGCAGCUUUAAUCUGCACGUCUUACUUGCCUAGGAUCAGUCUUAGAUAAAUUGUUUUGUCACUAUUUGAUUAAUUAAAUAUGGUUUAUAUGUAUCUAUUCUAUUAUUUUCGUUUUUA